AUGCAUUUCAUUGUAACAACAGGUGUCGAGAAGGCAGACGCACAGACGCAGAAGCUCAUCAGAAGCCAGGUGAUGCUGGGGAGAAACCGGGGCAAGUCUAACCGUGCCAAACAAGGACAUUCGACCAGCUGGGCCGUUGUGGCUGAUUUCAAACGAGGCCCUCCGGUGCCAUUGAAGACAUUUAUCGAAGCAUACUACUCCGCUAUUCCUGGGAAAGUUGGCUCUGAUCUAUCCUCUAUCGAGCUUGCUGCUGAGAUGGACGCGGCUGCGUUUGGUGAUGUGGUGAGAUUCUUUGACAUGGCAGCAAGGGCAUUGUUCCCCCUGGUGAUGGUGACCGGAUUCACCCACAAGGACAUGGCGUGGUUUGAUCCUCUGAAGUUCGACGCCGCCUAUCUCCACGUCACCGUGUUCGCCGCCGAGGUCUUCAUGGACAGGAUAUUAGGUCGACAAUAUUCCACCACCAACCAAGAUGCCGCCGUGCAUUUUUUGAAAGGGGUCCAAAUCUUACGCAAAAGGCUUCUACUGGGAGGCGAAAGCACUGAACCUUCAAAUUCGACCAUCGCUGUGGUUUUGACCCUGGCCAUCAGUGCAUUUUUCAUGGGCGAGGAUGAGACCUUCAGGCAUCACAUGGUGGGCCUCCGCAAGAUGGUCGACCUUAGAGGAGGAAUAGCUGCCUUUACGGGCAAUAAGCUUCUUACGGAAAUGUUCAGAUGCGAUAUAGGCAUGGCAAUGCAAACUGGGUCCCAGCCUCUCUUCUUUAACAACCCUCUUUCAGAGCCCGUUGUGCCUUAUCCGGACCGGGAGCUGUUGUCAAUUCGAAACAGCAUCUCGACCACUGGCUCUCAGCGCGACUCGGAAAACUUGCUCGACAAGAUGGAUGCGAGUCUGGUCGAAGCCUGGAGAGUCAUGGAGAGAUUCUGUUCCAUUGUCAACUUGGCGGUCGAAACCCAACGAAUGCUUUCUCCGCCACUCCUUUACGAUACCAUGGCUUCGGUCAUGUAUCGUCUUCUCCAUAUGAAGUUUGAGAGCGGCUCCGUUGAUGAGGCAGUACGGCUCAGCCUACUCGGGUUGACAUACCAUAUUUUCCUCCAGUGGCAGUACCUCAAGUUGCCCUACGUUUACUUUCCGACCAUCUACAAAAGCUGCCUUCUAGACCCCAAACUUAUGGGCGUGGCCUCCGCCCAGUUCAUGCUUUGGUUUCUUAUGGUCGGAGCCGUAUCGACAUUUACCACAUCCGACCACCCGUGGCUUAAGGAUUGUGUGCGAGAACACGCCGACAAAUGUCAGGUGAAGUCGUGGAACGAGAUGCGGACGGUCUUGAAAUCCUUCAUGUGGAUCGGGCUGCUACAUGAUAAGCCCGGCAAGGAUGUCUUUGAUUCCGUCUUAGCAGGAUAG